AUGCGAGAAGAACAUGUCAAUAUUAGGGCGGCCGGUACCACGGACGCCAACGGGAAGAAGCUUGCCAUUAAAUAUUCGUGGACUGUCACACAAUCGACGGUGCCUCGGAUGAGACGUUGGUGGAAUGUCAAGCAAUCACUGCAGAAAAACGCAGAUUACGUCCGGGACGCAUCUGGCACGAAUCUAGACAUUCGCGCCACAUUCUUACCGAAGUCUUUGCAUCAGUCAAAUGACGAUCCGGACAUAGAGCUUGUGAGCUCCCCAAUCAAAAAAGCCAAGGCAUCGAAGAAGAAAAAGAUCAAGAUUGUCGAGUCCGACGUGUCUGUCAUGCACCUAUACACAGAUGCCGAACAUAAACCUGCGAAGGGAAAAGGUGGUGUGAAAGUUGAUCCUCUGAUGGAUCUUCUCUCUGUCAACACGUACCUCAAAAGUAAUCCCAAGAAGAUGAUUGCUCGGUGUGCUGGGGCUGAAUAUGGAUGUGCCACUACCUGGGCUGCACCUUGCUGGAAGACCCGAGUAUUCGGACAUGCAUUGCAAUGCGAAAAACUGGACAAAAUCGAUUUAACACUACGGGAUCGUGUCGACAAUGACGACCGUGAAACUUCUGACGUGGAUGAUGACUUCGCAGACGAACUUGAAGCAGAAACACUCGAUGGGGAUGACAACGAAUCAGACUCAAAUGUCACUGCUGACCCCGAGGAUAUAGCAGAAGAUGGCUCAAGUAAAGUUGAUUCUUUCGACAGUGAAAAUUUCGAUGCUGCCAGUAUCAUCAAUCUCAAUUCCAGGAAACUAGUCGACGUGCUGGCUGAUAAAGAUUUGGCACCUGCAGCGCCGAGAAGCACUGUCGUUCUUCCACCGGCAAGCACCAUUGUGCAAGAGAGGGUCUUGACAGAGGCAUAUUGA